UUUGCGACAGUAUCGUAAAGUGCGCCUUGUGUUGGGAAUUUGACCGGUCGUCCUUUGAGCUGUCAGUUCGUCGCCCUUCAGCGCCAAUUUCACCAUCUCUAGGUCAAAAUAGAUCGUAGCCAAGCGUUUAACUAUGGCUGGGACAAUUGCACGGAAAGCUAUAGACCACCUAAAGAGCAAAGAUUUCAGGGAUUAUUUGACGAGGUAACAUUUCUGGGGUCCAAUUGCAAACUGGGGUCUCCCGAUAGCUGCCAUCGCAGAUAUGAAGAAGAGCCCUGAGAUCAUAAGUGGAAGGAUGACCUUUGCUCUGUGUUGCUACUCGCUGCUCUUCAUGCGCUUUGCCUACAAGGUGCAGCCACGUAACUGGCUGCUGUUUGCUUGCCAUGUGACCAACGAGUCCGCCCAGCUAAUUCAGGCAGGCCGCCUCAUAAAGUACAGGAUGGAGAAGAAGGCAUCCUAGUGUCAAAGUGAAGAAUAUGCCCAAGCGUACCCUGUCACACCACAGUGAUCAAAACAGCCACAUAAACUUGGUGCACUUAUUAAAUCACUGAAGCUGAGGCUGUUUUUGUACCCCUCUUCUCUGUAACCAAGAUGGUAACCCAAUUGAUCAUCUUCAAGUUUUAGUCACACUUUAUCACAAAAAAAUUUAUGAAUUAAAGGCCUGCUGCCUUAAAUUAUAUUUGUGUUUUCUGGGUUAUUAACCAUGAGCGUAUGUGGUUUUGGAUAAUCCUCAUUUUCCGACAUACUUUUUUAUUCUAAUUGUAAGAUCAAUAGGCGUCAUCAUUUUGCUCUUUCACAACUACAUUUAACUGGAAACUUAAGUUGGUCUUCAGUGACGUUAAUGAGCGAACACACAAGGUGAUGACUGUUAGCUAGGAUAUUAAAAAUACUGAUGGAUAUAAUGCCUAAAUGCUAAUAAUAGGCCACCAAUUGUCAAGAUUUCAUCCCUGUGUCAAUUUCUGCUGACCAAAUGUACUGUGUGUUACUUCAUGUUUGUAUAAUUCUAAAUAAUGUAUUCACAACUGUGUAAUCACAUUUUCCCUAACCAAUGAUUUGGCUUUGUAAAUAAAAAAACACUGGCGAAAACUA